AAAAGUAGAAAGAGCGCGAGCGCCCAUUCAUUGGCAUGGUUCUCAAAGCCCCACUCUAACAUGGGCAAGAAGAAAUAUAAAUCUAUAUGACGCCGUUUCGACGUCACUUCAUUCUUAAAUGUUAGGUGGUACCGUGGUGGUAGAGCGCGAGUCAUUUGUUGUGGAACCUUACGUAAAAUGGCAUCGACGCCCUAUUUGCUUAACAGUGAUUGUGGUAGCGGGGAACCCGUUUCAAGAACUUACCAGUACAGGAAGGUGAUGAAGCCGAUGCUGGAGAGGAAGAGGAGGGCGCGCAUCAACCGAUGUCUGGAUGAGUUGAAGGAGAUCAUGGUAACGGCUCUGCAAAGUGAGGGCGAGAACGUUUCCAAGCUGGAAAAGGCGGAUAUUCUGGAGUUAACCGUCAGGUAUCUGCACAACCUGAAACGCCAAAAUCAGCUAAUUAUUCCACAAGAACAGUCGUACGCGGACAGAUUUCGAGCGGGGUUUUCGCAAUGCGCCCAAGAAGUCACGCAAUUCAUUUCCACUCCUGCUCCAAGCGAAGCCGUUGAUCCUGCAGCUGGAAGAAAGCUUCUUCAGCACCUCAACGCUUGUGUCAAGCAGCUGGAUCACGUUGCCCAGAACAUCCAGCUUCAGCAUGAACAGCAGCUGCAACAAAACCCUCAGCAACACUUGAGACAUGUUUUGAGUCCUCCAAUAUCUCCUAGAAGGGAGCUGGCGCUCAAAAUUAACAAAGAAUACAAUUCAGGACCUAUGUGGCGGCCCUGGUAAAAUUGCAAAAAAUAUACAAAAUCUGGAUAUAGCUUUAAAGCAGUUUGGCUCAUGAAUGUCUUCCAAAUUUCGCAAUCGGUAUUGUUAAACAAAUAUUUCUGUGAUAUUCUAAACUGACAUACGAAAGGCCUGCUAUUGAUAUUAUUGCUCAUAAGUAACUAGUGCAAGCAUGUAGUUUUAGGUACCUGACUGAUUGUAAGUGUAAUAAUGACUUCAUUAUGCUUCCCAGGCUUAAUGUACAGGUUUACUCGAUAAUUUUUGUUGUAUAUUUAAAGUUUGAAAAUAAUUCUUUAAUGUGUACUGAUGUACAUAAAGCGUUUGUUAGUUCACAUUUAUUUACGCACAUGUUAAUUAUUUAGGAGGAUUUAGCAAUCUACGUGUUUAAUGGUAAAUAAAAAACCGCUCAAUUUAA